CUAAAGGUCCGGGAUUGCGUUUACUUUAUUCAUAAGGGCGCGUAAAGCUUCAUUUGUGUUUUCCUUCUCGAUGAGUCACCACGCUUAUCUUGCAAGCCUUUGUCGUUAGCAUACUUGCGUAGUCUCCCCGAGUUUUUCCUUCUGUGCGUAUUUCUCCCUCCUCCUGGGGGCGGGUCCAAAGAAAAGGAUCAAAAUACGGUACGUUUUCUAGUACAGCUCGAUCGCGGCGCUCGAAGCGUAGAGUAUCGCAGCUCUUCACUUUUCUCAGCGGUUUAUUUUAUUUAAUCCUUCGGCGUUUAGAUCUCAGAAGGAUACAUUUGAACGAGCCACCGAUAGUUAUACUUCGCCAUCACUUUUAGCCGCUUUUUCUCGAUUGAUCUCCGGCGAGUUAUAAUCGCAGACAUGAAAAUCAUCAUCCUGCUUUUAGUUGCAUCUGUGUACGCUGAGUCGGUGAGGGAGACUGAGACGUGGAUUCCCAAGCCAAAACCUGAGGAUCUUCAGGAGAUGCUAGUCUCUUCUGGUGACUCCCCUGUUGACCCAGACUUCACAUCUGACCUGGAUCUUGAUUUCAAUAUGGAUGAUGAAGAUGAUGAGGACUAUGACAUGUCUGGUUCUGGAGAUGGAGAUCUGUGGAGCAGCAGCAUCAUUCCCACAACUAAGCUCGAUGUGAACGACAACAAGAUUCCAGAUGAGGACCAGUCGAAUAGGCCUAGGGUCCUGGUCAACGACGACGAGCUUGUAAAGAAGAAUGAGGUUGCUGAACUGGCUUCGGCGGACCGGGGGAGCCAAAUGCCAAAUGUGCUGAUGGCCCAUGCAAAUGAAGACAUCUUCAAGAAGACCGAGGUUGUAGCAGCUCUGAUUGCUGGGGGCUCAGUCGGGUUGGUCAUCGCCGGCCUUCUCAUCCUGUUGCUCUUCUACCGCUUGAAGAAGAAGGACGAAGGGACCUAUGACCUUGGAAAGAGGCCUAUUUACAAGAAAGCUCCCACCACUGAGAUCUACGCUUAGGGUCGCAUGGAGUUGUGCGACGGUGCCUUCAAAACACAACCUCUCUACUACCUGCCUUCUCCAAAUCGCCGACAGCCUACUGGUCCAAGAGGAAAAACUUCAGAUCAAUCACUGUUUUUCUUUUUUGAAAACUGAAGUUUAAGAAUUCACAAUCCAUAAAUAAAGAUGAGUGAAUGGGACAUUUCCCUUCACGAGCUGUGUGGUACAGAAAUUUUCGCAUCUUUUUGCCCAGCCUUAAUCUGAACUGUCGAGACAUGUAAUAGUCUUCCCUCUUUUAACACUACAACAUCCUUACAUGCAGAGCUUGGCAUAUCUUUGUUUUAGUUUAAAUCAUGGUGCACCCUCUUAUCUGACGCUCAGCCAUCUUAAUUAUGUGGAAACUGGUGCUACGGGGGACAGUUGGAAGGCUCUACUAUCUUAGUCACAGUAACUAAAGUUGAGCCAAUCGCACAGCCUAAUGUAUGGGUUUGAGUUGACUUGACCUAAUCCUCCUUUCCUGGAGAUCCUGUUCCAUUCCAACAGCCAGGCUCAUGUUACGGGGCAACACCUUUUUUUCUUUUUAAUGAUGUCAGGGUAUAUGUGUCCAUGUUGUACUGUUACAUUUGUAAAUUGAUUUUAAAUUGUAUUGAUCAUAAUGUUUUGACUCCCACUACAAUAUUUCAAAUGAGUUAAACUUCAUUGUAAAUGUAUAGCCAUUUGUAAAUUAAUCUAUUCCAGUUUUCUACUUACUAAAUAUUUAAAUACCAAAAUAUUAUUUUUCCAGUUCCCAGUGUCAUGUUUCUUUCCAGUUAAAAAGUCUUUACAUCAGAAAUGAUUUGCUAGAAACUACCAAUGCCAGUAAUAGUUGCCAAUACUAACUACUUUAAAAUGUUUUUAUUUUGUGUUAGUAGAUUUUUUUUUUUAAAUUUUAUUUAUCUGUCAAAUAUUGCUUUUUCAGGUUGGGAUAGCUUCCCUUUAAGCUGUUUAUGGUGUUUUUUUUGUUUUUUAAUAUACACAAGUUUAAAUUUCUGAAGCAAAACUGCUGCUGUUUCUUAUACGCAACGCUUUUAUUUUUGUAGAAGGAAAGUAAAUGUUCAGGGCUGCUUCGUACUGGAGCCGUGUCACUUGCAAGGAGGAAAAACAUUAUAUAUCUGCUGCUUUAAGUGUUUUUUUUUUUUUUUUUUGUCUACAGUAGAUGUGAAUCUCUCCUCUAGAGAAGUCAAUGAAUCAUUGAUUUCAUAUAACAGGUUCUGAUCUCUUUAAAGCAUUUUAUGCUUAUUUUCUUCUUAUAAAUUAUUUGACUUUUUCUUCAUGCCCAGUGGCUGGUGUUUUUAUCUGCAAGUGUUAAAUGGAUUAAUCUUAAAAUCUGUCUCACAAGACCGAUUUUUUUUAAAUUGUUUUUUUUUUUUUAAGUAAUUGGUUCUUGGGUAUUGUAUGGGGGAGUUGGCCUCCCCUUAAGUUUUAUUGUCCCCCAUGGGUCACGUUUUAUGGUGGACUGCCUGCAUUGCUAAUAAAUACCGACAAAGCUCUUGGUAGUGGGGUGGGGGGGGCGGGUGUGAAUCCCUAAUUGCAAGGGAGCGUUCAAAAGGUACAGAAUGUCAUCCGUAUAAUACUGAUAACUGUGUGUAUGUCGGGGGCAGUACGAUUCGGUCGGUGUGAUCUGCAGAAAUCUUAUUCCUAUGAGUCUCCUGUGCCCCUGACUAGCUGGUCAGUCCCAUCUACGCCAAUUCUGGCGUGUGAUUUAUUUUUUUAUAUUUUUAAUAACUAUCACCACUGGUCUCUCAUCCUGUCUGCAGUGGGUUUGGUUUUCCGUUUCUGAAUGAAUCGAGGCCCUUUGCCAAAAUGUGGUUUUGCGGGGGUUGAAUAAUGUCUUCUGUGAGACAAGCUCUCUGACAACUAUGGUAGAUUUUUAAAAAAAUAAUAAACGGGAAACACUGCAGUGAUCUGUUGUACUGUAAAUGGUCUAUAAAACACCUUAUGCUGUCAUGUACUUGUCUGCUCACUGAUUGAAUGAAAAAUUUUAUAUUUUGUUAUUUCAUAUUUACCGUUUUAUACUGGCAUAUCUAAGCUUUGCAUAGUCUGUGGAGCCACAUCGUCGCCUUGGCUGAGAAAAAAAGGCGUUAAUGUGAGAUGCAGCGUGUCCUGCCUCUCAGUGACCAGCGAGAUAACGUUUGUACAUACUGAAAUCUUUAUUCUGUUCUCUUGUUGAUUUUAUUAAAUAAUUGAGGAAAAAAAAUG